AUGUCAGCUCGAACGUCUCAACGGAGAGGACAUGCGGCAGCGUAUGGUGCAUUGCCUGGUACUCCUAUUUCUGAGAUCCGUACACGGAAAUGGACGAAAGGAUUGAAGACUGUUGGUCAUUUAAUUAUACCCAAGUGGAUUCCAGACCAGGAAAAUCCUACUGAAGCGCUACAGAAAGGAGCGUAUAAGAAGUCGAAAGGACGUAAGCGCGGAGCAGGUGAAGUGGGCCGUAUGACACGCAGUGUACGCCAGCAUUUAGACGCACCGUUGGAGCUACUGUCGGAGCACCCUGUGCGCGUUCAAUUGUCACGUCAGUCGUCACCUGCUCGGACAGCGAUGACAUCAUCCAUUAUACCAGCGUCUUUCCCUGAUACUAUGGUAGCGGCAACUGCUACUUCUUACUCUGCAAAUCAAUCUUCCGAUGUACCUAACGUACCAAUAAUUGCGCAAGAGCUGGUUGAGCAAGUGCACAUGGCUGCUCCCAUUGCUGAGCAAGCAACGCAUUCGAUCACUGUUACCACAGUUAAAGAUGAAGUUGCGUCGAGUGCACCCGCAACGGCUGCAUCACCUGCUCCAACGAUUCAGAUGAUACCGAUCCUGCCCUCCGUGUCAAAUCAAAUGAUGCCUGACGUGCCAUCGGACGAACAAUUGGAGAUGGCUCUGGACGAUCUGCCCAUGCUUGAUGCCGACGACAGCUUCAAUUUGGAUGUGUUAGAUCCUGCUUUUUUACCGACUCCUGUAUCGAGAGAAGUUCAAGCAACAGUUGGUAAUCAUUCUAGUGGCGCUGAUUUGAAGCAACAGUUGGCAGAAGACUUGUCAGGCUCCGAUGCAUCCGCCAACUCGGGCUCAUCGAUGCCAUCGGUUUCCCCACAGUCUUCGCCUGAAGUGAUGUCUCGCUCUUCGUCGCCAUAA